UACUGGGAGAGAGUACUGUCAGUACUAGUCUGAGGUGAGCUGAAAAACAUCUGCUGCAGCUGUGACUCAGUGAAGAAGAAGAAGAAGAACAAUGAGGGGGCUCACUGGGACUCUCCUGCUCUUCGUCUGCCUGCUGGCGUUCGUCUGUAGCGUCUCUCCUCCUCUUCCUCACCCCACAGAUGAAUGUCCUUUUAUGGCCAUCCGUCUGCGGACCUUCCGGCUCAGGCCUACCUGUAAUGGGACAACUCUGAAGGAAAAGCAGCUGAAGGAGAUCCAGGCUCCAGCCACCAACCUGUACCUGCCCAUCCUCUACCUGCUCGCCUUUGUGGUCGGUCUGCCCUCCAACUUGCUGGCUCUCUGGGUUCUGGUGUUCCGGACCAAACAGCUGCCGUCCACCACGCUGCUCAUCAAUCUGACGGUGGCCGACUGCCUGCUACUCGUGGCGUUGCCAUUUCGGAUCGUCUACCACUUCCGGGGGAACAACUGGGAGCUCGGCGAGCCCUUCUGUCGCUUUGUCAUGGCGAUCUUUUACGGCAACAUGUACGGCUCCAUGUGGUGUCUGGCCUUUGUGGCCCUGGACCGAUACAUUGCUUUGGUCCACCCAUUUCGUGCCAGGACUCUGCGCAGCCAGCAGGUGUCUCUGUGUAUGUCAGUGGUGGUGUGGACAGUGGUUCUGGUUGCAAUGCUGCCACUGCUGCUGUCACGGCAGACCUACGAAGUCAGCACGCUGCAGAUCACCACUUGCCACGAUGCGCUUCCAGAGGAUGAGCAUGAGAACUACUUCUUGCUGUAUUUCGCCACCCUGUUUGCCACCUGCUUCCUGCUACCCUUAGCCAUCGUCCUGUACUGCCACAGCACUGUGUUGCGCACAUUGCUGGCCGGGGAAAAAUUCUACGGUCACGCCAUCCGGGUGACGGUACUGGUGCUGCUGGUCUUCAUCGUGUUUCUGCUGCCGAGCAACAUCCUUCUCCUCCUCUCCUAUGCUGACAGCUCACUGGACGGAGAUGGAGAGGACCUCUACAUGCCCUACAUGGUGAGCUUGGCGGUGAGCACCUUCAACAGCUGCAUCGACCCGUUCAUUUUCUACUACGUGUCCACGGAGUUCAGGCAAAAGGCCAAGAGCACUUUGUGCUGCCACUGCGAUUCUGAGGAUAAAACAUACUCUCUGGUCAAGAAUAUGUCAUCUUUAUCAUCAGGCCCAAGGUCAAAGGUCACCCUGCUGUCCAUGUCCAGUCGACAGAGGCCACCUGAGAUGCCAUGCAGCUCCCAGGAGAACAGAGUGGAUAUCUUCAGCAUCCUCGAUCGACAGUCCCGCCAGGCACACGACCCUCCUUUUCUGCCACCCGUCCAUCGUGUAUCCGGCAGGGAAAGUCCCUGCAGGGCACUCUGGCUCUCCCGAGCCCAGACUUCUCGUUGA